AUGGCGGACCAAAACAACAUCUCGCAGUACAAGUAUUCUGCGAUGUCCAACCUGGUUCUCCAGGCGGACCGUCGUUUCAUUUCUCGCAUCGGCGAUGAGCCAACUGGAGACCCCGAGUCUCUCGCAGGCCGUAUUGGUGUUCGGGAUAUGGGAUCCAGGGUAUCUCGUGACGACGCGCCAAAGACGAAGAAAAAGGCCGUCGAGGUGGAACGAGGCGCGAUACGGGAGGGCGAGGACGUACUCGCUAGAGAACAAAGGAAGGUUCAACGCGGCCAACCAGCACAACGAGGGCAGGAUAUUCUGUCUGCUGCGGAUGCGCUCAUCGAGGGCCUUAGAUACCGUCCCCGAACGCCUGCCACCAGAGCUACCUACGAUCUUAUCCUCACACUGACCGCUAGCCAUCUUGGCGAUGUCCCUCACGAAGUUGUUCGCAGUGCUGCUGAUGCUGUUCUGGAAACGCUGAAGGAUGAGGAAAUGAAAGACUUCGAUAAAAAGAAGGAAGUUGACGACUUGUUGGGUAGCUCCAUGAGCCCAAAGGAAUUCAACGAACUUGUGAACCUUGGCAAGAAAAUUACAGACUACGAUGCGCAAGAUGAAGAUGAAGAGAUGGAACAGGGCCUAGACGGUGAAGCGGGCGCCGAAAUAGAUGAGCGACAAGGCGUAGCCGUCGUCUUCGAUGAGGAAGAUGAAGAUGAAGACCGCAUGGGAACCUUGGACGAGGUACGGGACGAAGAUGAGUUGACUGAAGAUGAAGAGGCAGACGAACAAGAUACCCUAGAAGCGGCGGAAGCCCAUGCAGAUAAAGAGGAUCUUCCAGCUGCCGAGGAAAUGAUAAUCGACGGAGGGAUCACUCGAGAUGAGACGCAACGGGAUAAAGCCGCAAUAAACGUUCCAGCGCGUGAAAUAGAUGCUUAUUGGCUCCAGCGUCAGGUCGGCUCUUUCUACACAGACGCGCAUAUUCAGCACGAGAAGGCAAGGGAUGCGCUUCAAAUCCUGGAAGGCAAGGCUGAUGAUGGCACGGAAAGGCCACUUCGAGAUGUGGAAAAUGACCUGAUGGAGCUCUUUGACUAUGAUUAUCCAGAGCUUGUGGCGAAGCUUGUAACGAAUAGACACAAAAUCGUUUGGGUGACACGCUGGAGACGAGUGGCUGAAGAUGCAGAUGCCCGCCACCUGGUCGAAAACGAGAUGGUCGAAUCCGGCCACCGAGCCAUAUUGGACGAGCUUCGCGGCAAAGCAACACGUGGCGAGGUGGAAAGACGACCUGAGAAAAAGAUCAAGCUUGACCUGAUGGAUAUUGAUGUUCCCGCAGCCCCCGCUGUCGAGGAGAAGCCGAAGGAAGGUGGUCUUGUUGGUGGCUUGCAACCCAAGAGGCUGAUUAACUUGGAAAAUCUCGUUUUUCAUCAAGGAAACCACCUUAUGACUAAUCCGAAUGUCAAACUACCCCAAGGUUCAACGAAACGGACAUUCAAAGGAUAUGAAGAAAUCCAUGUUCCCCCGCCGAAGGCGAAGAGGGACCCUGGUGAGAAGAAUAUCCCCACCACAGAACUUCCAGAGUGGGCUCGUAUUGGUUGGGGCGCUUCGAAGGAACUUAACCGUGUCCAGACGAAAUGCUUUGCUUCGGCUUUCCACGAUGAUGGAAAUAUGUUGAUCUGCGCUCCGACUGGGUCGGGGAAGACCAAUGUUGCUAUGCUUGCAAUUCUCCGUGAAAUUGGCAAGAACCGCAAUCCCCAAACCGGAGAAAUCAUGUUGGAUGACUUCAAGAUCAUCUUUGUAUCCCCUCUGAAAGCUCUGGUUCAAGAACAGGUCGGCAACCUCGGCAAGCGACUCGAGCCUUACGGUAUAAAAGUAUCGGAACUCACUGGUGACCGUCAACUCACCAAACAGCAGAUUGCUGAUACUCAAAUUAUCGUAACAACCCCCGAAAAGUACGACGUGAUUACUCGAAAAGCGUCGGAAACUAGCUAUACUAGGCUCGUCCGUCUCAUCGUCAUCGACGAGAUACAUCUUCUUCACGAUGACAGAGGUCCUGUCUUGGAAAGCAUUGUAGCCAGGACUAUCCGUAGGGGGGAGCAGACCGGGGAGCCUGUGCGGAUCGUUGGCUUGAGUGCCACCCUUCCCAACUACCGUGACGUGGGUAGUUUCCUACGUGUCGAUCCUAAGGACCUGUUCCACUUCGACGGGACUUACAGACCCUGCCCACUGAAGCAGGAGUUCAUCGGUGUUACCGACAAGAAAGCUAUCAAGCAGUUGAAAACUAUGAAUGACAUUUGCUACAACAAGGUUCUGGAACAAGUCGGACAGCAUGGUAACCAGAUGCUCAUCUUUGUACACUCUCGAAAGGAAACGGCUAAGACAGCCAAGUACAUCCGAGAUAAAGCUUUGGAGAUGGAGACUAUUGGUCAAAUUCUACGCAGUGAUGCUGCCAGCAGGGCUAUUUUGAGCGAGGAAGCAGAGUCUGUCGAUGACCAAUCUCUCAAAGAUCUCCUUCCUUAUGGAUUUGGCAUCCACCACGCUGGGAUGAGUCUUGCGGAUCGUGAUUCCGUUCAGGCACUCUUCGCCGAUGGCAAUAUCCAGGUGCUCGUUUGCACUGCAACUCUUGCCUGGGGUAUCAACCUUCCCGCGCAUACGGUCAUCAUCAAGGGAACUCAGAUCUACUCUCCCGAGAAAGGUAGCUGGGUUGAACUCAGCCCCCAGGAUGUCCUUCAAAUGCUCGGACGAGCUGGACGGCCGCAAUAUGAUACUUUCGGCGAGGGCAUCAUCAUCACUGCACAGUCAGAAAUCCAAUACUAUCUUUCCUUGAUGAACCAACAGCUACCUAUUGAAAGCCAAUUUAUGAGCAAACUUGCUGAUAACCUGAAUGCUGAAAUUGUUCUUGGCAAUGUUCGCAGCCGUGAUGAUGCAGUUGAGUGGCUUGGUUACACAUAUUUGUUUGUCCGUAUGCUUCGAUCUCCGGGUCUUUAUAGUGUCGGUGCCGAUUACGAGAAUGAUGAUGCACUGGAACAGAAACGAGUCGACCUCGUUCACUCUGCUGCGGUCGUUUUGGAGAGAGCGGGGCUUGUUAAGUACGAGAAGAAAACUGGCCGACUGCAGUCGACUGAGCUUGGAAGAAUUGCUUCCCAUUACUACAUCACCCACCAUUCCAUGCUUAUAUACUCUCAGCAUCUGCAGCCGAUGAUUGGCAACAUUGAACUCUUCCGGAUAUUUGCUUUGAGCGACGAAUUCAAAUACAUUCCGGUUCGCCAAGAUGAAAAACUCGAAUUGGCAAAGUUGCUCGGUCGUGUGCCGGUUCCUGUGAAGGAAAGCAUGGAUGAACCUCAUGCAAAGAUUAAUGUCCUGCUGCAGGCUUAUAUCUCUCGGCUCAAACUGGAGGGCCUCGCGCUCAUGGCGGAUAUGGUCUACGUUACUCAGUCUGCUGGCCGUAUCCUUCGCGCUUUGUUCGAGAUCUGUUUGAAAAAGGGCUGGUCCUCUGUUGCUAAAACUGCACUCGAUCUCUGCAAGAUGGCCGAGAAGAGGAUGUGGCCAACAAUGAGCCCUCUGCGCCAAUUCCCGUUCUGUCCCAGGGACAUCUUACAGAAGUCCGAGAGAAUAGAUGUGCCUUGGUCUAGUUACUUCGACCUAGAUCCUCCACGUAUGGGAGAGCUAUUGGCAAUGCCUAAAGCUGGUCGGAUUGUCUGUGAUCUUGUAUCCAAGUUCCCCCGUUUAGAGGUUCAGGCUCAAGUUCAGCCCAUCACUCGGUCGAUGCUCCGCGUGGAACUAACAAUUACUCCCAACUUUGUAUGGGAUGAGGCGCUGCAUGGUAACGCCCAGGACUUUUGGAUUUUGGUCGAGGACUGUGAUGGCGAAGAUAUCCUAUUCCAUGACCAGUUCGUUCUCCGUAAAGAAUAUGCGCAGGCUGAAGUGAACGAGCACCUUGUCGAUUUCACGGUGCCCAUCACGGAGCCUAUGCCCCCGAACUAUUUCAUCACACUUGUCUCUGACCGUUGGAUGCACUCGGAGACCAAGAUUGCCGUGUCGUUCCAAAAACUUAUCCUACCGGAGAGAUUUCCCCCUCAUACACCUCUUUUGGAUAUGCAGCGGGCACCAGUGAAAGCACUAAAGCGUGAGGACUACCAACAACUAUACCCUGAAUGGGAUUAUUUCAAUAAGAUCCAGACUCAGGUAUUCAAGUCGCUUUUCGAUACGGACGACGAUGUCUUCCUUGGGGCUCCUGCUGGAAGUGGAAAAACAGUCUGCGCUGAAUUGGCACUGCUCCGCCACUGGUCCAAACCAAAUAGCGGCCGUGCAGUCUACGUUACUCCUUUUCAAGAGUUGGUUGAUCAACGACUAGCAGAUUGGGCAAAGCGACUCAGUAAGGUCGCUGGAGGAAAGGUGAUUUCCAAACUUACUGGUGAGAGGACGGCGGACCUAAAGGUCUUGGACCAAGCGGAUCUUGUCCUUGCCACACCUGCCCAGUGGGAUGUUCUAUCUCGCCAAUGGCAGAGACGGAAGAAUGUUCAGUCAGUGCGACUAUUCAUUGCUGAUGAGCUUCAUAUGCUUGGCGGUUACGGCGGAUACGUGUAUGAGGUGGUCGUCUCGCGUAUGCGUCACAUUGCCCUUCAGCUGGAGAACGGCCUGCGCAUUGUUGGGUUGAGUGUGCCUCUUUCCAAUGCCCGGGAUAUUGGAGAAUGGAUUGGUGCGAGCAAACAUACGAUCUAUAACUUCAGCCCCCAUGCUCGUCCAGUGCCCCUGGAGCUGCACAUUCAGUCUUACAGCAUCCCUCACUUCCCUUCUUUAAUGCUCGCGAUGGCGAAGCCGGCCUACCAUUCGAUCCUUCAGUUGUCCCCGGACAAACCGGCGCUUAUCUUUGUACCUAGCCGGAAGCAGACACGCUCAAGUGCCAUAGACUUAUUGGCUGCUUGCACUGCGGAUGACAAUGAAGAUCGCUUCUUGCACGCUGAUGUUAAUGAGCUAGCACCGUUGCUCAACCGGAUCCAAGAACGAACACUCGCCGAGUCUCUCACGCAUGGUAUCGGUUAUUACCAUGAAGCGCUGAGCCCAACAGACAAGCGUAUCGUUACUCAUCUUUUUACUAUCGGGGCGAUCCAAGUACUUCUCGCCUCGCGUGAUGUCUGCUGGGAAAUUGACUUCACUGCUCAUCUUGUUAUUGUCAUGGGAACUCAGUUCUUUGAAGGCCGCGAACACAGAUACAUCGACUAUCCUAUCAGCGAGAUUCUGCAGAUGUUUGGCAAGGCAACACGACCGAGGGUGGAUAAGUUUGGUAGGGGAGUUCUCAUGGUUCCUUCAGUGAAGCGCGAAUACUAUAAAAAGUUCUUGAAUGAGGCCCUUCCGGUGGAGAGCCACCUGCCGAUCUACUUGCAUGAUGCUUUCGUGACCGAGAUUAGCACCAGGACCAUCGCCUCAACUCAGGACGCAGUCGACUGGAUUGCCGCAUACACGUACUUCUACCGUCGCCUUCUUGCCAACCCCAGCUUUUACGGUCUAGGCGACAUAAGCCACGAGGGACUCAGUGCAUUCUUGUCUGAACUUGUUGAAAACACAUUGAAAGAGCUCGCUGAAGCCAAGAUCAUUGACCUGGAUGAAGAAGACGACAGUAUCACUCCCCUGAAUGCAGCGAUGAUCGGCGCCUACUACAACAUAUCGUUCAUCACAAUGCAAACCUUCCUAUUGUCUCUUUCUGCGCGUACGAAGCUUAAGGGCAUGCUGGAGAUCGUUACAUCGGCUACGGAGUUUGAAUCUAUCCAAAUUCGCCGCCAUGAGGACCACAUUUUACGCAGAGUGUACGACCGUGUACCAGUGAAGAUGUCGGAGCCCGUCUACGACUCUCCUCACUUUAAAGCCUUCGUUUUGCUCCAGGCACACUUCUCACGCAUGCAACUACCGAUUGAUCUUGCCAAGGACCAAGAAGUCAUCGUCAGCAAAGUCCUGAAUCUUCUCAGUGCAUGUGUCGAUGUCCUUUCAUCGGAUGGUCACCUUAAUGCGAUGAAUGCUAUGGAGAUGUCACAAAUGGCUGUGCAGGCUAUGUGGGAUCGUGACAGCCCGUUGAAACAGAUCCCACACUUUACGCCAGAAGUCAUUAAAGUGGCGAACGAGUUCGGCAUCAGCGACAUUUUCGAGUUCAUGGAGGCGAUGGAUCCAUCUGAGAAUAAAGACUACGCGACUCUAGUAAAACGCCUGGGACUUGAUAAUAAGCAGCUCGCGCAAGCCGCGGCCUUCACUAAUGAUAAAUACCCGAAUCUCGAUCUUGAUUUCCAGGUCGAAGACCCAGACAGCAUCACGUCUGGUGAACCUGCGUACCUCAAGGUCAAGAUUGAGCGGGACAUCGAAGAAGAUCAGGAACCGGACACUACGGUUCAUGCGCCGUUCUAUCCCGGCCAGAAAGUGGAGAAUUGGUGGCUGGUUGUCGGAGAAGAGAAGAGCAAGAGUUUGCUUGCCAUCAAGCGUGUCGCCAUCGGUCGGAAACUGGAGCUACGGCUAGAAUACGUGGUACCGACACCUGGAGAGCAUGAGUUGACAUUAUACUUGAUGAGCGAUAGCUACGUGGGCGUUGACCAAGCCCCGACAUUCACGGUGACGGCUGCUGAGGGGAUGGAAGAGGAUGAGAGCGAGGAAGAGGCGUGA